CGUGUGACGUAGUUUUGUCUUCCUCUCACUUAUGCCGUGGUUGAAUUGAGAGCUAUCUGGUUGCUAACAGUGCUAAGAGUGCUUUUGUUCUAAGGAUACGGUUGUUUUGAGGAUCAAUUCGACCAAUUUGACAGUGGAGUAAGGUAUCAGACGCAAAGUUUAAGUUGAUAUAAGUUCGGUAUUUUCUUUUAAAAGAAAGAAAAAUCGAGCGAAACCUACAAAUUGGAUUGAGCCAUGUACAAUGGCAUCGGCCUGACGACUCCGCGGGGCAGCGGCACCAACGGUUAUGUGCAGCGCAACCUGUCGAGUGUGCGGGUCAAGCGCCCGCGGGACGAGCGCGGCGGCGAACGAGAUGAGAAGGACCGGGAGAGGCUGGAGAGUCAGCUGAACCGGCAGCCCAAUGCGGACAUCCUGGAGCAUCAGCGCAAGAGGCAGCUAGAGGUCAAAUGUGCUGAACUACAAGACAUGAUGGAGGAGCAAGGGUAUGCAGCAGAAGAGAUUGAGGAAAAGGUGAACAGUUUCAGGAUGAUGCUUCAGGAAAAGGAGGAGCCGCCUCCCUCCAGCACUCAGAAACCAACGGUGACAGAGACUCAUGCCAUGGCUGCUGCAAACCAGCAGAAGAACGACCGUCUCCGUGCUGCUUUUGGCAUCGCCAGCGACUACGUGGACGGAUCGUCCUUCCACGCCGAUCGCAAGGAGAAGGAGAAGGAGAAAAGAGAGCAGGAGCGUUUAGAGAGGGAGAAGCUGCAACAGCAGAAAUAUACGCUGGUGGAAGAUUCGGACGGUUCCGACUCCCCUCCAAAGAAACGCAGCAGGAAGAAGAAGAAGAAGAACAAGACCAAGAAAAGAGACAGCAGCUCAGAGAGUUCGUCUCCAUCUCCUCACAGAGAAAAGAAAUCCAAAAAGAAGAAAAAGAAACGAGAGGUGUCAGAGGAUGAAGACGACAGUGGUUCAGACGAGAAGAAGAAAGUCUCCAAAAAGAAGAAGAGAAGUAAAAGUCCCCCAAACAGAAAUGCGGGUCGACAAAGGAGUGACUCCUCCAGCUCCGUUCAAAGCAUCAGCAGCACGUCUCCGUCUCCUCCAAGGCUGCGGGAGAAGGGUCAAACUGCCAAGACAGUCGAUGAAGGUAGAAAAGGGAGACCGGCAGACAGGAGGAGGGGCAGGUCUGAGGAGCACAGCCCACAACAGCCUCCAGGGGACGGGAGGAGGAGCCAUAUGGAAAGAGAGAAGGAGCGACACAGGGAAGCAGAGAAACCCAACAGGAGACACGACUCCUCAUCCCCAUCUCCCCCUCCACAGGCCACGGAGAAGGAGAAAGGAAGAAGAUCUAGAAGUAGACAGAAGGAUAGCGACAGAGGGAGGCGCUCCAGAAGUAGAGAGAUGCAGAAAAGGAGGCGUUCAAGGAGCAUUGAGAUGCAGAAAAAGAGGCGUUCAAGGAGCAUUGAGAUGCAGAAAAAGAGGCGUUCAAGGAGCAUUGAGAUGCAGAAAAAGAGGCGCUCAAGGAGUACGGAGAAGAGAGACAAGGCGAAGGAGGUUGUACCUCAGAGGACCAGACAUGACUCGUCGUCGUCGUCGCCGUCUCCUCCUAGACAAGAAGUGAGGAAAGAAAGAAAUGUAGAGUCUGCAGGGGAUGGAAACAGAAAAGUGAGACGGGAUUCCUCUUCUCCUUCGCCUCCGCCUGAAAAAGAGAGGACAAAGACGCUGAAGGUACCAGAAGAGACCCGGAAAAGAGAAGCGUCUCCACACCAGCAGAGGAGCGACAGAAACAGGAGCAGACGUUUAUCUCGUGGCUCGGUGUCACCUGCCUCCCGCUCUCCAGUCAGCAGGGUCCACCAACGGGAGCAGGAGGAUAAGAAGAGUCAAGUAACAAGCAGGGACAGAUCCAAGGAGAGGGACAGGUAUCCCAACAAGCAGAGGGAGGCGGAGUCUAGUAGAAGCAGAGAGGAGGUGCAGCCUCCCUCCUUUGCAGACCGAUCAAAACCUUCAGAGAGACUGCGAAGCGACCGCGCCGAGACGACUGAGAAGCAGCCAAAGACGAGAAGCCCUGCAAAAGAAAAGAUGUCUGAGGACAAGCCCAAACGGGUGGAGAAACGAAGAGAAAGCAGCAGCAGCAGUGGGAGCAGCAGCAGCGGGAGCAGCAGCAGCAGUGACAGCGAUAGUGACAGCUCCUCAUCUUCCUCUUCAUCUUCCAACUCUUCUGCGUCCUCCAAAGAUCAGGAUGAAGCUCAAGCAUCUGGACCAGCAGCGAUGAAACGAAACAGUCCCAAGAAGAAGGAUCUGGCUGCCAUCGGGGCAGCAGUUCAGAGGUACAUCACCAACGGCAGAAAGGAGGCCGCUGCCCCCGAAGGAGCAAACAGAUCCCAGACAGACAGCGGAGGAGAGCGGCGUGAGGGGGAGAGGGCUCCCCGCAGAGGCCCUGCAGAAGAAACUAGGCCCCCAGCUAAAGGACAGGAGCGCUACAGUCCCACACAGAUAGACAGCCCCAGUUCUGCACCGUCUCCACCCAGCAGAGCGGACGACAGAGUCAGGGGCAGGUCUCCACCUCACCAGGAGAAAGGUGGUCCGAGGGAGCGAGAAACCAACAGGGAUGGAGUCAGAAGAACUAUGAGACAAAGCCCUCCCGCCAGAAGGUCUCCUUCUCCCCCACAGAAGACCUCAGCCCACUCCCCACCUCAUCGCACACCACCAAGGCAGUACCAAGAACCCCCACCUCGGUCCAGAAGAGCUUCUCCUCCUCCAACUUGGUCGGAGCGGGAACGAGAGAGGCAAAGGGAAAAUGAAAGACGAGUCAGAGCCGUCAGGAAUUCAAGGUCCAGAAGUCCUAGGAGGCGGGUCAGUUCUAGAUCCAGAAGUCCAAGGAGGCCCAUGAGCACUAGAAGUCCAAUAAGACGCAUCAGUUCCAGAUCCAGAAGUCCAAGAAGACCCGUCAGUUACAGGAGUCCAAGGAGACGCUUCAGUCCAAGACCCAGGAGUCCAAAGAGGACCAUUGGUUCCAGGAGUCCAAAGAGACGCAUCAGUUCCAGAUCCAGAAGUCCUAAAAGGCGCAGCAGGUCCACAUCCAGAAGUCUAAGAAGACCAAGUCCCUUUGUCAGGUCCCGCCGCUCGCCGUCUCCUCCGCAGCGCCGCAAACUGAGCCGCUCGCUGUCCAGAGAGAGGGACAAGCCAACACAGAGGGACGCACCUCAAGAAAGGGGCAGGGCCAAGGAGCCUGUGGUCACGAAAGGCGCUCCACAACCCAGCAGAUCCUCCUCCUCCUCGUCUUCCUCCUCCAGCUCCUCCUCCUCUUCGUCCUCGCCCUCUCCGUCACCACAGAGGGGGGACACAAAAGGAGCGGCGGACGCGGAGCGGAUGCCGGCUCGGGUGGAGGCAAAGCAGCCGGACGGGGAGCAGAAAAGUCGGGCUCCUCCCAGAGACUCCUCCCACCCCCCAGCCCCAAGCAGGAGAGUCGCGCCGGCAGAGUCGCGGCGCUCUGAUCCCACCGCAAAGUCUCCAUCCAGCCAAUCAGAAAGCAGACAGCUGGCGCAGGCUCCAACCAGGAAGCUGUCGCCGCCCGCUGGUCAACAGGCGCCGGACCUAACGGUCAGGAAGACCAGUUCGGCAAACGGGAAACAGGCCAAAGUGAACCAGAAAAGCAGCAGCAGCAGCAGCUCUUCUUCAUCCUCCUCAUCGUCCUCGUCCUCUUCAUCUUCAUCUUCGUCCUCCUCGGACAGCUCAGACUCUGAGGAAGGUCAAGUCAAAGGGAAGCCGGUGAAAGCCCAGAGCUCUCCUUCAUCCUCAUCCUCCUCUUCUUCUGAGGACGAGAAGAACACAAAGAAGAAGAGCAGCCCUUCUGCGCGUCAGCGCGUGCCGGCCGACUCCCUCAGGGAUUCCCGCUCGCUCAGUUACUCUCCUCCACGCCACGUGAGAGCUGCGCGCUCCCCGCUGCCCAAACGCAGGACCGACAGCAGACGGUCACCGGGCUCCCGGCGGAGGACCUGAGUCCACACGGCGGCCACGCCCCCUCCUUCCUGUUCUGUGUUCAGAGAUGGGCAUCGGCGGUCUAAUGCAGGCGUGUUUGCUCUGCAGGGAUGGACGGCGGCUGCCACUUUUUUUCAUGAGCUGAACUGGAAAUAUUCAAAAAACCGUCAAAGUAGCCCUGAAACUGUCCUGAACCGAUUGUUCUCCUGUAGAUAUGAGCCGUCUGAAAUUUGGUUUUAUCACGUAACUGAUUUGUGACUCCAGUGUAAUGUUAGACAAAUCUGAAUUGUGGUUUAUUUCUUUGUUGAAAGUCAUAAAAUAAAACUUAACUGUACAUUUUA